CAUCACGACAUCAUCACCUCUCCACUUCUUCUUCCAUCCCACUAACCAGUGCUCUUCUCAAUUCAUACCGUAAUUCAUUGUGAUUGCUGUUGUCUUGUUUCUUUCUUGCUGAAUAUUAUUUGUGACGAUGAUCUUGCAAGCGAUUGUGGGCGUUCUCGUACUGACCCUUGCGGUAGUGGUCCCCUUUGUUCCUCAACAGCUCUAUGAAGAAAACUAUUUGGAAAAGACGCAGCAUAUCUUGUCAUUGGACUACUCGUCCGAGCUCUUUGAGAAGCCCACCACGGUUGCCGUGACGGGGGCCAACUCUGGUCUUGGCUUUGCAUCCGUGCAGCAUUUGGUACAUCGAUGCAUUGCCAAGAAAAAUUCCGCUGCCAAGAUGACCAUUGUCAUGGCGUGUAGAAGCAUGGAACGCUGCGACAAGGCCAAAAAUGACAUUUUGCAGCAAUACAACCAGCCGGAUGCCGCUCUGGUCGAGUUGGUGACCCUCCAACUCGAUCUAGCCAGUAAAGAAUCCAUUCAAAAAUUCUCUGUCGAGUUGCAAAACAAGACCCCCAGACCACCAUCGCCUCCAACCGAAAAAGAGGAUCCAGAAGAAGAAGGAGAAGAGAACAACAAUGACGAAGACACAACGGAUACUACUAGUGAUAGUACUACCACUAGUAAUUUUGCAGUCCCUCCUCUUCAUGUCAUGAUCAACAAUGCAGGAGUCGCAGCACCCUAUCCUCAGCUAGAGUAUCAUCCAGCCUAUGGAAUUGAAACACAGUUCCAUGUCAACUAUAUUGGUCAUGUCCUCUUGACGCACUAUGUGUGGAGCAAUAUCAUGGCUGUCAACCAACAAGAUCCCACUCGCAAGGCUCGACUCGUCACCGUUUCCGAAGGUGGAGCUCGCUUCCCCGUAGACCCCAUGAAGGGAUGGUAUGCCCAAGAAAACACUCCCCAUACUGGCAUUCUGGCACCAAUCCUCAACAUGGUCACCAACAUGAAACAAUAUGCUCGAUCCAAGCAAGGACAGUUGUUCUUUGCGGCAGAAUUGCAAGCUCUUUAUCCAGAUAGUUUGACCACUUCGGCCGCACAGCCUGGUUACACUCGCACCCCAAUUUAUGUCUCGGGCUUUCAUGGCUUUCCAACAUUCCUCAAGUACAUUGUCGGAUACAACCCCCUAGGAUCCAUGUCCCCCGAACAGGGAGCCGAAACCAUAUUGCUCAGCACAUUGGAUCAAACUGCACAAUACGUUGGGCCCAAAUGGUUCUUUUUUGGACCACCCGUAGCUGUCGGAAGAGGUGACAACCUCAAUGCUGGAUCGGUGCAUCAUCGGCCAUUCUCAAGACAACGAACCAUGGCCCUUUGGGAUAGAACCAUCAAAGUGUUGGGAAUUGCAGAGUUUGGAAAGAAAGACUAUGUCACCAUGUAGUUAGGAACGAACAAACGAAAGCAACCAUCCGCGCAACUAUAGCUAUAGAGUAGCUACAAAGUUAGAGAACAAAAAUUGGCAACAGUCGGCAAAAGUGAGGAGUGAUAAUGCAUUAGAGGAACAGUUUUUAAAAAUAGACGCACUGGUUAGCAGC